UGCUGUAUGAGAGCAACAGAGCAUACCGUGGAGCAUGCGCAUUUCUGUGUGUGUGUGUGCGCGUGUAAGAGAGAGAGGGAGAGCGAGCAAGAAUAGGAACGUACAGUUCUGUUGCACCACUCUUAGCCUGGAGAUGCUCUCGCGCUGUCUGUCUCGUGUUUCAGCCGAGGGCUUCUGCACUGACACGCAUGCACGCGCGCUCACAAGCGCAGAGCCACACAUACACGCAACGCAGACGUGUCGUCACUGCCCCGGUCGCUGGCACUCCUGCCAGCCGGUGAUAUAACGGAGUGGGAGCGUUAAGGAAGACAGUGGCUACCACUAAGCAACUGAAACAGAGCGCUCUGCAUCUGACGUCACACGCCGCUCACCAUGUGAAUCAGUGUUGCCUGCUAGAGGAAAAGAAUAGACCUCUUAAACAAGACCUAGCCACCCUCAGACAGCAGAAACAGCAUCAGAGAUCACUGAGGUGAACAAGCAAAGGAAAGGGUGUCAGAUCCUUGAGAGAGAAGUUAACAAGACGAUAACAUGUAAGACCUUGAUGGCCGUCAUAUUAUAGGCUGUUUAUAGAGCGUGGACUGCCUUGUGUGGAGUGACACAACGGUAGACGGACAGGGUUUAUGACAAGAAAGUUCAAGAGCAUACCUGCCACCUGAUACGCUGGGAAAUAAUAAUGAUCUUCAGGAUGGUUUGCUGGAGAGAGAAACGCUCAGUCAUGAGCUGCUUGGUCACAUCUUGAAGGCCUCACAAUACUAGAAGGUCUAUAAAGUCGGAGUAUGAUCAGCUCAGAAGGACAUUAGGUUGUGUGAGUCAAGAGAGAGAGACUUGGCCAGACAGGAGAAGGAAGGCUCAGCUCCAAGACAAACUGGAGAACCUUGAGCAGCUCCUUAAGCUUAUGCGAGAGGCUGCGGACAGGCGGCAGCAACUGGAGGCGGAGCAUGAGCAGGCCCUGGCUUUCCUUAACUCCAAACAGCAGGAGAUCAACCUUCUGCAGGAGGUUCGGGUUGAUGCUGAGAAAGAGCGAGAUGAAGUGGUGCAUUUGCUAGAGCAGAGUCAUAAUGCAGGACAAAAUGCAGGUACACAAUCUCACACCGAGGUCAAUGUUCAAGACUUAGAGCAGAAAUGUCGGGCACAGAGUGAGCAGUGUGAUAUUUUGUCGAAAAAGCUGGAGAAAUUUCACCUGGGUUCAGACACGGAGGAGAAACUCAACACUGAGUCAGAAGAUAACAAUUUCAGUAGCAUUCACGAUAGUCUGCAGCGCCAGGCAGAAAUAAGUGAUGAGAGAUCUGACGGAUCUUCACCAGUUUCAGAAUUGCCCGUAGCACAGCAACAUAACAGAGACAAGCCAGAGAAGCUGUCUGCCAAACCCAUCGAGUCUAUGAGUCACAAAGUCCACACCCAGAAUCGCUCCAGCAGCUCCAUGCAAGCCCCCCUCCCCAAGAUGGAUGAUGAAGUGAGCCCAGCUCCCAAGUCCAAGACAAGAUACACAGGACAGGUCCGUCUGUGCACUGCCCGCUACAGUUAUAAUCCCUAUGAUGGACCUAACGAGCAUCCAGAGGCAGAGCUCCCCCUGGUGGCAGGGAAGUAUUUGUACGUUUAUGGGACUAUGGACGAUGAUGGUUUUUAUGAAGGAGAGCUACUGGAUGGCCAACGUGGUCUGGUUCCCUCCAAUUUUGUGGAGUUUGUCCAAGAUAAGGAGAAGCUGUCUAUAGAGGGAUCAGAGGAGCAGGGUAGGCUGGAGCAGACCUGUCUGAGCCUAGCCGUCAUCGACGGAGGAGCUCCUCUGGACAGCCUAAGCAGUGACUUCCUCAGCCACUGCAGUAAUGGUACAGCUUUGGAAGGAGAGGAACUGGGAGACGACAUUGUGCCUUACCCCAGGAAGAUCAACCUGAUCAAACAGCUGGCAAGAAGUGUAAUCGUGGCCUGGGAACCUCCUCUGGUGCCCUUCUGCUGGGGGAAUAUCAACGGCUACAAUAUCGUAGUGGACGGGGAAGUUCGUUCCUCUGUGCCCUUUGGGGGCAGGACCAAACUGCUAUUGGAAAAACUAGACCUGGGGGCCUGCACCUAUCGCGUGUCGGUGCAGUGCGUAACGGAGAGGGGGCUUUCCGAUGAGCUGCGUUGCACCCUGUUGGUGGGUCGCAAUGUGGUGGUGGCGCCCACCGGCCUGAGAAUGGACGAUAUCAUGCGGGACUCCGCUGAACUCGCAUGGCUGCCCAGUAACAGUAAUUACGCCCAUGUUGUGUAUUUAGAUGGCGUGGAACAUGCUGUGGUGAAGCCUUGCUCUUAUAAACUGCGUUUUUUGAACCUGAAGCCCGCCACGGUAUACAAAGUAAAGGUGGUAGCCAAACCCCACCAGGUGCCCUGGCACAUGCCACUGGAACAGAGAGAGAAGCGAGAGGCUGGGGUGGAGUUUUGUACCCAGGCUGCAGUUAUCUCCUGUCCCCCAGGGCCUCCUAUGCCUCCUCAGGAAGUACAGGUUCAGUGUGGUCACGCCCCGGGGGUCAUCCAUGUCCACUGGAGACCCCCUCUUCUAACGUCUAUGGGAACCUCCAAUGGUGCCAAUGUCAUUGGCUAUGCAGUGUGCACAAAGGGUCAGAGGAUUGCUGAGGUGUUGUAUCCACUGGCAGACUACGUGUCAGUAGAGCUGAACCGGCUCCAGUGUUUGGAGGCCCGUGAGGUUGUUGUCAGGACUUUAUCAGCACAAGGAGAAUCUCACGAUUCCCACGUCGCCGUCAUUCCAAACCACCUGCUGGUGCCUCUUGCCAAAACUCUCCCUCUUCCUUCACACAUCCAGACCACUCUCCCACCCCAGCAGUCUCGAACUUUGCCUUCUCAUCCCACAGCCCUUUCCCGAAUCCAGCCCCUCCUCUCUCAUCCUGGAGCCCAUCCACCAAUUCAUCUCCAGCCACUUCCUAUUCAUCCAAACCAGCCCCCAUCUCACAUGCAUCCCCACAGGAUGCCCCAUUCCACACAGCCCUCUCCACCCCAACUCCAGUCCCUCCCGAUGCCACAGCCCCAACCCGCCCUGCCGAUGCCACAGCCCCAACCCGCCCUCCCAAUGCCACAGCAACAACUCGCCCUUCCGAUGCCUCCUCCCCAGUCAUCCAUGCCCAUGCACCAACCCCAGCAGCCUAUGCCAAUGCUCCAACCCCAACCAACCAUCCCUAUGCCCCAGCCUCACAUUCCACAGCUUUCCCUUCCACAAAGACCACAAAGUGCCAGAGAGCUGGAAACCAAAGAGCCCAGGCCCGGAAUGAUUCAUCACGGAGGGGGCCCACUUCAGCCAUGGGAGCCCGGCUGCUCCCCAUCAGGCAUGCCCCCAGGACACACCCUGGAUGCCCCGCCCUGCCCGAACCGUCGGUCUCCAUCACCUCAAAGGAUCCUCCCGCAGCCCAGGGGGACACUCAUUCCUGAUACCGUGGCCAAGGCUAUUGCCAGAGAGGCGGCCCAGAGAGUGGCCGCAGAGAGUGGACGGAUGGAGAGGAGAAGCCAGGGAUUUUACUCUCAAAAUUCAGAUGAGGAAGAGGAUGAGGAAAGCUAUCAAGCCCGCAGAAGAGGAGCAUCUAUGGAUGACUUCCUCAGGGGCUCAGAGCUGGGCAGGCAGUCUCAUUACAGUCACAGCGAAGAGUACCAAACUGAAAGCAGUCGAGGCUCUGAUCUUUCCGACAUCAUGGAGGAAGAUGAAGAAGAGUUGUAUUCAGAAAUGCAUGAGGAAAGCAGGCGAAGAAACUCCCACAAUAUGCUCAAGUGCGUGUGUGUUCCCUGGGUAUUAAAUGUGUUUCAGACCGGAGGAAACACUCCAUCUUCGAACCAGCUGGAUCGGGAAUCAUAUAGGAAGCAGGCUCACAGAGGCCCUCAACCUCAGCGUCGACCCCUCACCGUCCCAUCCAUUGAAAUAACCCCUGAGAAUAACAGUGAGGGCAACUACUCUCCAGUCAAAGAGGAUAUUUACUGUGGCAGUGUAGCACGACACAGGACAUGUUCCUCUCAGAGACAUGGGGGACGCAGGCCUCCUUAUGAUGGUAAUAGGGACCGAACCCGACGCUCUCCUCCAUACUACAAUGAAUCUGAGCAAGAGGAACCGUUUCGAGUCUUCGUAGCGCUGUUUGAUUAUGACCCUCUGUCCAUGUCUCCCAACCCCGAUGCAGCUGAUGAAGAACUGCCUUUUAAAGAGGGACAGAUAAUCAAGGUUUAUGGGGAUAAGGAUAACGAUGGCUUUUAUCGCGGGGAGAUCCGGGGUAGGUGUGGACUUAUUCCUUGUAACAUGGUGUCGGAGAUCCGUGCUGAGGAUGAUGAGACCAUGGAGCAGCUUAUGAAACAGGGAUUUCUCCCUCUUAAUACACCUGUGGACAGAGUAGAACAAAAUAAGAGAGGUCGCCACCCUGUGGCCACAAGAAGAAUGGUAGCCCUGUACGACUACGACCCCAGAGAAAGCUCCCCGAAUGUGGAUGUUGAGGCUGAAUUGACGUUCUGUGCUGGUGACAUCGUUGCUGUUUUUGGGGAUAUAGAUGAAGACGGCUUCUAUUACGGUGAGCUCAAUGGACAUCGAGGCUUGGUUCCAUCUAAUUUUCUAGAAGAAGUGCCUGAUGAUGUGGAGGUCUAUCUGACGGACUCUACAUCCCACCACGGUCAGGACGAGCCAAAUCCAGCAGCGGCUCCACGCCCAGAGGCCAAACGGGUGCCUAUGGAGAGUACAGUACCAGCUCCCGCUCCUGGAAGACCGGCCUCACCCAUUGUGCGUCCUUUGCUUCCCGUUGGUCCAGUCCGACCGCUGAGCCCUGCUAUGGGUCCCCGGGACCUGGCAUCUAAAAAGAAAAAAGGACUGCUUUCUAAAGGAAAGAAACUGCUCAAGAAGUUCUCAAAGUAAACGACUUUAAAUUCGAAUGGCUUCAAAAGCAUAAAAAUCUCUCUCAAAAGGGAAACCGACAACCUCCGAUGGGUCUACAGUGAUUUUUCCUCAGAAAAAUAAAUCUAAAUGACUUUAAUUUUAACAUGCCACGUACACAUAAUAAACUGGUAGUAUUUUCAGAUAAACUGAGCUGUCGGAAUGAGACAUCUAUCCAUACUGUGAUAUAGCCUAGUUAGGGGCAAAGACAUGUUAUAAAUAUUUCAUCCAUGAUUUCCAUUAUAAUUU